GCGACCGUUGAAAGGCGCGCAUGUUGAGUUUGAAAAAAGUAUUUCGCUAAGCAACUUUUCCAUCUUUCGCGCCACAAACGCAUUCAAGUGACUAGAGUGAUCCAACAAAGAAUUCAAUCAAGGAUUUCAUUUGUACAAUUUAAAAACUCCAAAGAGAAGCUUCUUUUAUUUAGUGCAAUUUUCAUGGUUUACAUGAAAUACUUGGUGAUACAGUGGUUAAUUAUUACUUGUCUUUUAUCAUAGCAUUUGGCUCAUUUCUCUAGGAGUUAUGUAGUUCUAAUGAGAUACAAUACUGUGCUUAUGCUAUUAAUAGUGCAAAUGAAGUGUGAAUUGAUGAAUCCAUGUUAAUAAUUUGUGCCAAAUUUAUUAUAAGUGAUUGAAGCUAAUCUGUGUUCCAUACCGAUUUUGGAGUAUUUACUUAUUCAUCAAGUUUUUUUCCAAAAUAGUGGUGUAUUGAUGAAAAUUUAUUAUUAAAUUCAGUUGUAACAACUUGUUAAUAUAGAGUGAAAAUUCUUGUUUAAUUAGUGGUAUGAAGACAAGUAAUUGAGAUGUACUACUUGUGGUGAAAUUUUGGGGUUGAUGGGUAUAACCGAAACUUUACUAGUGAGUUAAAGCGCGUGUUAAGCACGUGCUCUAGUUACCCCUCGUGGGCUGAUAACAUUUUUACAACCUGCGCCAAGUGGAUUACGGACGUGAAUGAGGAAUUACCGUGGUGAUUUACGUCAAUAUGGAUACGAGACAGCAGUUUAGGAUCAUGCUAUCAAUCUGGAUAAAACUCCUGAUCUUUCUGUUGAUCAGUGUAUUGUCACCAGUACACGCAACAGAGGAAGACCAGGUCGACACGCACGAAGGCUCUAACGUUAUACUAAAAUGUCGAUUCCCGCCUGUCCUGCAGAACGCUACAAGUUUUUGGCUCACACAUACCAACAAUGACCAUGACAAUGCAGCGAUAGACAAUACAUCUCUGUCACCCAACUACAAGGUAUACUUGAAUCUCACUGAAGGUCGGUAUGACCUGGAGAUUCGAAAUGUCUCAUACGAGCUUAACAAUGGCAAGUAUGAGUGUCGUAUAAAAGACAGUAGAAGUGGUUAUAAUCUACAUCACAAGAAUGUCACUUUGACGGUAUUGAGAGCACCAGGACCUCCACAUAUAUCACCUACAUCAACCACAGCCACUGAGGGAAGUCGUCUUGAACUACGAUGCAACACUGAAGGAGGUAGUCCAGAGCCUGAUGUCACAUGGUAUCGUGACAAUAGUCGCAGCCUUCUUCACAGAGGCCGUAUACUUGAAAUGGUUCCUACAAGAAAUGAUGAUGGCGCUAUCCUACGAUGUGUCGUUCGCAAUCGUGCUAUGCCCGAGGGACAGACGCUCAAUGCAUCUAUACAGCUGGAUGUCAAUUACUUCCCUCGAGUGUCUGUGGGACCAGCAAAUCCUCUAAAGGUUGAGGCCAACACCACGGCCGUACUUAAAUGUAAUGUCGAUUCCAAACCCGGUGUUAGUAGAGUUCGUUGGAUCAAAGAUGGAAAGAGCUUCAUCGCCACCACUUUCGAACAUACUAUCCAUCGAGUAACACUUCAAGAUGCUGGAAAGUAUACGUGUGAAGCUGAUAACUAUCUAAGCAGUAAAGGAGAAGCCUCACUAUAUUUGGAUGUCCUCUAUCCACCUACUGUCUUCAUCGAAGGUGAUCGCAUUAGAAUUGCUGAGGUAGAUGACACGAUAACCGUUCACUGCAAUGUCACAGCUAAUCCAAAAGCUUCUAUCAUUGAGUGGACAAGCGACGAACGUCCAGAAUUUCGUCAAUCUGGUCCUCUACUACGUCUCAGUCGUGUUACUGCUGAUCACGCUGCGAAUUAUAGUUGUCGAGCAGUUAAUACAAUGCAUCCAACUGGAGGACAAAUUCAGAAUCAUUCUGCAAGUGCUCGCGUUACUAUUCGCAUACGUCACAAGCCAGGUCCAGCUAAAGUUACGCCAGAUUCGCCUGUAGCAGUUGAGAAUUCUCGAGUUAUACUGACAUGCAACGCUAACCCUCCUGGAUAUCCAGAACCACAAUAUAAAUGGUGGAAAGAAGGCGAAGACGAUGUCAUGCAGCUUCAAAGAUCCGGUUCUCAAUUUGUUAUUAAUUCAGUCAAUCUUGGAAGUGACGGCGUUUAUAAGUGUCAUGCUAUGAAUGAAGUUGGAACUGGUGAAGCAGCUUCUGUCACACUUACUGUUCAUCAACAACCAAAAAUUUUGUCAAAAUUAAAUCCUCACGUCACUAGAACAGUUGGAGAAUCAUCUUUCGAAGUAACUUGCGUGGCUCAAGGCAAACCUAGACCAGUAGUGCGUUGGUUAAAAUCUGAUGAAGAGCUCACAGCCAAUGAUGGUCUCUAUAAAGUUGAAACCUUUACAUCAGUAGGCCAUGGAAAUGUUUCUAUUGUUAAUUCUACCUUGAGCUUCUUGGGACACAAUCGUCCUCAUACAGAUGAAAUAAUUGCAAGUGAUCGUGGCAAAUAUAAAUGUGUUUUUCACAAUGAAGUGAAGAAAGUUGAAUCAGAGAUGUUACUGAAAGUGGAACAUCCACCAAUAGUUUUACAUAAACACAAUAAAGUUGCUUAUAAUUUGAGAGAGACAGCUGAAGUAACUUGCCAAGUUCAAGCUUGGCCAAAGCCAGAAUUUCACUGGAAAUUUGGAUCAAAUUCUGUAUCGCUUCAGGGCUCAUCUAGUGAUGGACAUUACGAGAUAUGGACGACAAAUGAACAAGGAGACGAUAUAUACACAUCGAUAUUAAAGAUAACAAAUAUCAGAGAAUUAGAUUAUAACAACUAUAGUUGUCAUGCUAUAAAUGACCAGGGAAUAACUACCUCAGUAAUUACUCUUCAACCAAAAGGUGCACCAGAGAAGCCAACUAAUCUCUCUGCAACAUAUAUCGGUCCAAAUUAUGUGACAUUACAGUGGGAAAUCGGUUUCGAUGGUGGAAUUCCUAUCACUAAAUACUUUGUGUCUUAUCGCCGUAUCCCUGGUGAGGAUGAUACCAUAGCUCCAGAUUGUGCAUCUCCACGAAGCAACCCUCCGGGUCAAUGGUCGGAGAGAGACUGUGGUCGCAAUAAUCCUUGCAAUAUAACUGAUCUCGACCAACAUCGAAAGUACGCUUUCAAAGUGAAGGCAUACAAUACUAAAAAUCACUCGGAUUAUUCUGAAGAAAAAAUUUUCACCACUACUGUAGCUAAAAUCCCAGCACCUCAGAGAGUAAGCUUCGACCCGGAAAGUGGCAGUCUGGUUAUCACCGCGGGUCCUACUUGUCUUUCUGUCGUAGCCUUUAUCGAAAGAUUCGAAGGCGGAUCGAACGAUCCCUGGAGAAUAGUUAACGAGUGGCCCCUCGAGGUUCUCGGCAGUGCGCCAACUACCAAAGAUGGUAUUCUCGAUGACCCGGAAACAUCGCACACAGAACCACGUCUCAGGGUCAGACUUUGUCUCCAAUCCGAUAAACAAAAGUGUGGAGAAUACACUGAAGCUGAGAUUGGACUGUCCUAUAUAGCUCAAGCAGGAGCAUUGGCAACACCAACUUUGAUAGCACUAGUAGUCAGCGGUGCAGUAUUUCUUCUCUUCGCUGCUUUAUUACUUUUGUUCUGUCGCUGUCGAAGGAAGCACGCCGCAAAAGCCAAAGACUACGAAAUGGAUUCUAACACGGUUCGCCCGAGCUUGGUCACCGGAAAUGGACAACAGACACAAGCACCGCCACCCUAUUAUGCAGAGAACAAAGCGCUAGAGCAUAGCUUAGAUCGAGCGUUAGCUAUGGAAGACUCUAAGACGCCAGCUUACGCCCAGCCGGGUUAUAAUUGGCGGCAACCCAAUCAUAAUAUCAACGGUGAGAAUGGUGUCAACAUGGGAUACUUGGACAAUAGCUAUUCAAACUCAAAUAACGGCGGAUCCGUCAACUCCCAGGACUCUAUUUGGCAGAUGAAGUCAGCCGCGGCCAAUGGUGCAAAUCCCCCAUACGAUCUUGGAGGAUAUGCUCCAACCGAGUCUGAUUAUCCUACCCACCCACACUAUCUACCACAACGUGAGGAUUACCGCGAGAACCACAACUUGAGUCGACAACAAUUCUGUCCAGAGCCAUUUGCUACCGUUGUAAAGUCUCAAAAGCAUGUUGAUUCGCCGUACGACGUGUCUGGACUGCCUUAUCAAGAAGCGUACGAUGAGGAUACAAAGCCACCUCAACAAGUUAGCCUCUCGUACGAUGAAAGUCUAGAGUCCGGUUAUUCCACUCCCAACGGCCGACGACCAAGAAUUAUAAGGGAGAUAAUUGUCUGAGAUCAGCCUACCGGCUCGCGAGCCGGUAAAUCGCG